AUGCCUCGUGCACAAGGGCGGUACCAAGGCGUCAGUCAAGAUGAGGAUGUCAGUCUUCCAGAUGUGUCUUCGGAAAAUGUCGUUGACCUGGAUGAAUCUUUACUACCGCCAAAUCCUCCUGAAUACGACAUCGAAUCGCGUCCUGAUAUACUUCCAAUGGAACUUGAUAUAGAACAGGAAGAUACUAUUAGUUCAGUGGGUCGUUUUCAAAGGUUAAAGACCAGAAUUGAGGAUAAUUUGAUAUUUCCAAUGAAGAACAAUGUUGUCGAUCCUCUCGUACAGGUAUAUCAAAUGGCUUCUGCGAAGGUUGAUCUAUAUUUGAGCAAACUGGGAAAUCCUUUAAUCCUCCGCAGAUUUGUGUAUAUACUUUUCAUGUCAGUGAUUGUGUACACCGUGGUUAUGAGCGGAUUGAUGCCCAAUAGCAAGAGCACCGCCACUAUCGGAAUGUUCUCGGAUAAAAACCAAUUAAUCUAUUACGCGAGACGUUCCAUCGACUAUGCGAAGUUAGAGGAAGAUAUGGAAUACUUAAGCAGCAUGCCUCAUUUAGCUGGUACUAAAGGUGAUUAUGCUAUUACGAACUAUAUCAGAGAAUCGUUCAAAAAUAAUGGAUUAAAAUUAAUGAAGGAGGUUCCGUUCCAAGGAUAUAUGAAUUUCCCAAACGAGGUUGAGUUUAGCGUUACUACUUCGGACAAUAAAGUGCAUGAAUUUGCUUUAUCAAAGGAAAAUUUUAACCCAUUAAGCAGUAACGGGAACAUUCAGAAUGCCGAUAUAAUAUAUGCAAAUUAUGGGACUGUCGCUGAUAUCCAAUCAUUGAAAGAAAACGGGUUACUUUCCGACAAUACUGUUCUCGUUAUGAAAUAUGGAAACUUACCUAGUGAGCAGAUACUUGUCGCUGAAAAACAUGGUAUCAAAGGUAUUAUUUUUAUAUCAAAGCCCUUUGGAAAUGAUGGUGAUGUCAUACAGAAACUCUCAGUAGCGAUUCCUCAGUACGGUACUGGUGAUGCUUUGUCUCCUGGUUGGAGCACUCUUUCGCCAAAGAAAAUCGGAUUGGAAAAGUCACAGUUAGUACCGCACAUCCCAACCAUACCUAUCUCGUAUAACCAGGGUCUGAAACUUAAAUCAAUUCUAAAUGAUGGUUCUCCCAGUAUCAAAUUCGAGGACUCCUGGUUUAGUGGCAGAAAAGAUGAUGUCAAAUGCAACCUAAGGCUAGCCAACGCUGAAAAGACACUACAACCUAGCUGGAACGUGUUGGGUAAAAUAGAGGGUAAAGAACAAAAGGAUAAGGCCAUCAUAAUCGCUGCUAGUCAUGAUUCAACUUGCAAGGGAACCCUUUAUCCAAAUUUCGGUACGUCUUCUUUGAUGGCUCUAUUACAGUUAUUCCAACAAACCAAAUAUAAGUACGAUUGGAGGCCACUAAGAAAUAUCUACUUCAUUUCAUAUGAUGGCGCGCAAUAUAAUCACGUAGGUGCCACCGAAUUGAUGGAAACCGAAAUGAAUCAAUUAAAAAGUGAAGUUUAUGCAUUUAUUGAUAUUUCUCAAUUAAGUGUCGAUCCGAAAGCCCGUCGUGCGCUUGAUGUCCAGGCAACACCACUAUUACAGAGUCUUUUCAAGAAUACUAAACAGUUUGAUGUAACCGUUAGAAACAUUGCACAAUACGGUGAUUGGACUGCAUACUUGGCGAACGGCAUCCCCACUGCUGUGUUAAGCUCCCCAUUUGUCUUAAACCAAACUCCUCCAAUUUCAACUUGUUCUGAUGAUUUUCAACAUUGGUCUGAAGAAAUUAAGGGAACUGAAGGUGCAUGGGAACAAGUCGCAGAUACCCUCAUUUACACCUAUGAAAUGUUGUUAAGACUUAUCGACGAACCUUUACUACCCUUUAAUGUCCGUGAUUACGUUUCAAAUCUAGAUAUUUUAUUCCAGGAUUUACAGAAACAAGGUGGCAAUAACUUUGACUACGCUUCCAUUCAGCAAGGUUUGAAAGCAUGGAAAAAAAUCAGUGACGAAUGGAACGCAUGGGUACACACGUGGAAUAAUAUCGUCAUGAUGGAAGACGAAGGCGUGGAACCGUCGUUAGUUUCGGUUCACAGAUGGACUUGGAAUAAAAAAAUAAUGAAUAUUAUGAAGAGACAAUCUCUUUCAAGUGGUAUUCCCGAUAGAGAAUUCUACAAGAAUGUUCUCUUUGGACCAACGCUCUGGACCCAAACUAAUGGCUAUGAUUCAUGGUCAUUCCCUGGUGUGAGAGAUGCAUUGACUUCGGGGAAUUUAAAAGAAGCUCAAAAACAAAUCAACAUUGCAGGAAAUCUGCUAAUAUCUUCAGCUCAGUCAUUUAUUGACGAAACGGCUAAUUCAUUUUAA